GCAAAUACAAGCGGGGACUGACAUAGAUGGUCCGUGCCCUUCCGAACAAAGCCGUUGCUGAAUGGCCGGGGGGAAUAAUGUCUGAACCAUGUCUCUCACUUCUCAAAGAGCUGCCGCUGGAACACAAAUGCUCCGAGUGGAGGUCUUGCUUUCUGGACUUGUCAGCCUUGUGGACUUCUGCACACACCUCUGUUCAGCGAUGAGUAGAUCAAUAGGAUUUAACAUCUGUGUGGUCACCUGCUGCAUCUUGCUCCUGUCCUCCAGGCCACCAUGCCUUGCCUCUCCGCUCCCAGAGGAGAGCGACAUGACAAAGGUCCAGCAAGACCUGUGGGCAGGGAAUGGAGUAGAAGAUGAAUGGACAAGCAUGCCAAACUUAAAUAACCUGGGUCCUUCUGAGCAAACUGUCUCUGAAGAGCCAGCUGGAGUGUCAGCAAAGCCAUCUGGGAUGCCCUUAGAUGAAGCCUUCACUGCAGGAGGAGAAACACGGCCUGUAAGCCCAAGCCAUGUCUUCCUCAGCAGCCAGAGCCUGGGUGUUAGCACCCCUGCUGGGCAAGUGGCUGCUGAGGAAGAGAAGGAGCUCAGCCCCACAAAGUCAGAGCUGGAUGAAAAUGGAGAGUUCAAGGCCAUGCUGACCACAGCUGUGACCACGCUGAACCCCUCUGUCCAGGAAGAAUCUGUCAGCGGCCUUGUCAGCAAGGCCACCACAGAGGACUGUGAGGUGGGGCAGGGCUCUGCCAGCCUCUUGGCGAGCCCCCUUUCUGUGACAGCUGCAGCAGAGGAGGGGACAGCAGAGAGCAGCCUGCACCCCUCCGCGGCACCCCAACCCCACAGCGAGCAGGUGCCCACGCUGCACCCUGGCACUCCCAGCCUGGAGACAGUUGGUGACCACCUCAUCCCAACUCCACAGGCCUCAAGUGCAAGCUCUGAGGUGGGAGCACUAAAAACAAGCACAGGGAGCACUCUGAGGCUACUGUCUGCUCGAGGAACCAUUGCUGCAAGCCACCCCCUUGUGACCACUGAGGCUUCCGUCCAUCUGGAAGCAGAUGUGGGUGCUGGGCAAGGAGAGCUGCCCACCACAGCUAGCACCAUCACUGGUCACCCUACUGGCUCCAUGCUGCCUGACUGGGAUGACACAAAACCGGGGAAUAUAAGUCAAGGGGGAAGCAUGCUGUAUGAGGAGGUGGGAGAGGACCGAGUGGCAAUGGAAGCAUCCCAAACCCCACUGGAAAGUGAGGAGGAGGAUGUGAUGAGAGUGGUGCCAUCCCCAGCAUCUGCUCCACCAACUCCAGGGCUUGCCAAGGAGAGCAAUUGCACAGCUCCAGCGGUGCGUGGGGAUGGUGUGCUGCUCACUUCCGCAGCCAGCAGCGAUGUUCCCCUCACAGUGGACUUGCCAGGUGUAGACACUGCUGGUCUGAACUCUCUGGAAAACAUUAAUGUGGUCACAGCAGAAGAGAAGAGCAUCCCUCCAUCACAGCCAGAGGCUGUUGUGAUGACAGAUGCAUCUGAUCUCUCUUCUACUCUGGAAAGCUCACUGAAAGGUGCUACUCAGGAGGUGACAACUGCUGCCCAGGAGGCUGAUGCUGCUCUGUCGGUUGUGACGCUGGCACCCACUGCUCCCCAGGGAACAGGAGCCUCAAGCCUGCCCCAGGAAACUAGCGGGGAGGACACCCAAAUGCCAACUGCUCCUGGUGCCACCCAGAUGCUGACAGCAGCUGGCAGCUCCACAGCAAAACCUCCUGAUGUGGAAGACUUUGCGGACGUGAUCCUGGUCACCAGUGAGAAGGCUGCUUCAGCUCCUGGUGGGCUGUCUGCUACGCAGCCUGGACAGACAGAAGAGCCAUCCAGCCGAACGGUGGUCCUGGUAACUCCAGCAUCAGUGGCAUCUUCUGUCAGGAGGACAGCUCUUCCAGCUGUGAGGAAGAUCAGUACUGCUGUAACCUAUGGGCUGGACCGGCUGGAGUCAGAAGAGGGUGAGGAAGAGGAAGAGGAUGAAGAGGAGGAGGAAGAAGAAGAGGAAGAGGAAGAAGAAGAGGACAAAGACAUAGAUUCAAUGGAUGAAAGCUUGGAAGGUGACACGGAGCUGCCGGGUUUCACGCUUCCAGGCGAGACCUCCCAGGAGCCCAUAGCUGGCCUGGAAAACCCUGCGGCCCAGCUGGCUGGGGUGUCCUACCAGGUUCCCGACACCAUUGAGUGGGAGCAGCAGAACCAGGGUCUGGUGAGAAGCUGGAUGGAGAAGCUGAAAGAUAAGGAAGGAGGCAUGUCUAGUACCAUCUUUGCUCAUAGCAGAGCAUCUUGGCCUGGGAUUCAGCCAGAGAGAACGUUGAAAGGACAGAGAAUGGUUUUCCUGACGAAGGCAGGAUACAUGUCGGGGAUGCUGGUUCCUGUAGGAGUUGGGAUAGCUGGAGCCCUCUUCAUCCUUGGAGCGCUCUACAGCAUUAAGAUUAUGAAUCGCCGGAGGAGAAACGGCUCGAAGAGGCAUAAAAGAAAGCAGAGGGAAUUUAACAGCAUGCAAGACCGAGUAAUGCUCUUAGCCGACAGCUCCGAAGAUGAAUUUUGAAUCGAACUGCAGUGCCCUUGUGAUAUCCAGUGACUUUUAAAAGGAGGGAGGGGGAGGAAAAGAAGGAAGGACUUUCUGCUGCAUUGCUGCUCUCAGCCAUCCCGAACACCAAGCAGUGGUUGGUACCACCCCAGCGAACCAGGCAUGCUAUGCUCUACGUGCACCGCGCAGUGAUGUUUGUUUUGGUACCAUAGUGAGAUUUCACAUUCGCACCCGGCGCCUCAUUCAGAUCCACAGCGCGUCUUGUUACAGCGGGAGCUGAUCCGUACGGAUGAUUAUUUUCCUAUUACCCCGGUGUACUGUUUCGGUCCUUGGCUGGCAGUAAUCUAAUCAUAACAAUAGCUCUCACCUAACAUGGGAAUGGAAAUCUUUGCUGUGAAUGACUUCUGUCCAAUUUGUUAAUUUUAAAUGUUACGUUACCUGAGCUAGAGUUCAUUAGUGCUGAGAUUAGCUGCUCUGCUUAAUUAAUGAGUUAUCCACUGGAACUGUAUCCCUUGUCACCUGAGAAGUGCCCAAGUACCGUGUUGUCGAUACAGUUUGAAGCACAUUUCUGCGCUCUGUUCCCCGAUUCCCGCCCCUUCUUUUACAAGCCCUCCCUUCAGCUCUGCUCCAUGCUUCUUGGAAACACACGGGAAUGGCCUCAACACUUGGUUCACGACAAAAAUCUUAGUCCAUUUUCAACCAGCACUGUCUGUUACAGCACAAUAAAUACCAGCGCUCA